AUGCUAGUGCUGACAACAGACUUUACAGAGCGUAAGCAGGCGGACCCUUUGUUCGAUGCAUUUGCCGCAAAGUUCCCUCGAGUUAAAGUGAAUCAUACAAUUGACCUCUCGAAGUAUCUUGAUGGCAGAAUAAACCUGGGUCUUUCUCAGAAUCAGCUAUAUGCAGAUAUGGCUAUUCUUCAGACAUUGCAGAACUUUGACACCUGGGAAGAGGAAGGUGUGCUCUUAAAUUACAAGCCACCCUCAUUUGACAUGAUUUGGCCCUGCUUGACAAGUGUAAAUGGCGCCUAUCUCCCUGUGUUUGCAGCUAGCUUUGGAUCAUUCGUUUUCAACUCUUCGGCGAUCCCGUUGGUAGACAUUCCUCGGUCCUACGGAGAUAUCUUAGACCCGAAAUGGAAAGGGAAGAUUGUUUUGACCUAUCCAAAUGAUGAUGAUGCUGUUUUAUAUCUUUUCAAACUCAUCAUUCAGCAGUACGGAUGGCAAUGGAUAGACCAGCUGCUGGCUCAAGACGUUCACUGGGUUCGGGGAACUGCCACGCCCGGAGAAAUAAUGCUGCGCAAUAAAAGCCGAACAAUUUCUUUCACAACUCAUCCUCCCGCCGCGGAUUGGGUCAGUGUUCCACCCACCUCCGACAGGUAUAUGAGCUGGACACAAAUUAGCGCUAUCUUCAAAGACACAAAGCUACCGGAAACUGCGAAGCUUCUCCAGGCAUACUUGAUUUCGGAAGAAUAUCAGCUUACCAAAGGAACCUCGUCUAUCAGGAGAGAUGUUGGAGCCACUACCAUCUGGGACGUAGAAAAUACAGAUUAUAUAACUUUUCAUCAAUUCAUGGAGAGGCGAGACAUGGUCGAACAGUGGCGGUUUAUGCUUGAGGACAGGAUCGGAACAGCUCAGGGCUUGAGCCCACUUAUUGACACUGUAUUUUAA